GAAAGCCAAGUCUGUCCUCUUGAUUACAGAUAUUGGGGACCGAUUCGCUCCAACAGAAUGAGGUUAUUUUUAACCUCAGAAUAUGAUCAGUGCCAUACUUUGGUACCGAUGUGAUGCCAUCUGCAAUUUUGUCAUUUGCAAUGAUUCUCCCCUUCGAGGUCAGCCUAUUAUCUUCAAUCCUGACUUUUUUGUGGAGAAACUCCGACAUGAGAAACCAGAGAUGUUCACUGAGUUGGUGGUCAGCAACAUCACAAGACUUAUUGAUUUGCCUGGAACUGAGCUGGCUCAGCUGAUGGGGGAAGUGGACCUUAAGUUACCUGGUGGGGCUGGCUCAGCCGCAGGGUUCUUCAGGUCUCUGAUGUCGCUCAAACGGAAGGAAAAAGGAGUGGUAUUUGGAUCUCCACUGACAGAGGAAGGCAUUGCCCAGAUAUACCAACUGAUUGAAUAUCUGCACAAAAACUUGCGAGUAGAAGGCCUGUUCAGAGUACCAGGCAACAGUGUCCGACAGCAGCUUUUGAGGGAUGCUCUCAAUAAUGGGACUGAUAUUGACUUGGAUUCAGGAGAGUUUCACUCAAAUGAUGUUGCCACGCUGCUGAAGAUGUUUCUAGGAGAGUUACCAGAACCUCUGCUGACUCAUAAACAUUUCCAUGUACACCUCAAAAUUGCUGAUUUGAUGCAGUUUGAUGAUAAAGGAAAUAAGACCAACAUACCCGACAAGGAGCGGCAGAUUGAGGCCCUGCAGCUGCUUUUCCUCAUCCUCCCUCCAGCCAAUCGUAACUUGCUCAAGUUACUGCUUGAUCUCCUGUAUCAAACAGCGAAGAAGCAAGACAAGAAUAAGAUGUCUGCCUAUAACCUUGCCCUUAUGUUUGCACCUCAUGUCCUGUGGCCCAAAAAUGUCACUGCAAAUGACCUUCAGGAGAAUAUCACCAAGUUAAAUACUGGGAUGGCUUUUAUGAUCAAACACUCCCAGAAGCUUUUUAAGGCUCCUGCUUAUAUUCGGGAAUGUGCCAGAUUGUAUUAUCUGGGCUCCAGAACUCAAGUGUCAAAGGAUGAUCUUGAUUUGACAACCUCAUGUCAUGCCAUGUCCUUCCAGCUGUCAAGAUCUCAGAAACGGAAUAGGGUAGAUUCUUGUUCUCAGCAGGAGGAAACCCAGCAACAUACAGAAGAGGCUCUGAAAGAACUCUUCCAACAUGUUCAUAACAUGCCAGACUCAGCGAAGAAGAAACAACUUAUUCGACAGUUCCAUAAGCAGUCUUUGACUCAAACACCAGGGCGAGAGCCUUCUACUCCCAGAGUCCAGAAGAGAGCCCGUUCACGCUCCUUUAGUGGGCUUAUUAAGCGCAAAGUCCUGGGCAAUCAGAUGAUGUCAGAAAAGAAAAACAAGUCCCCUACUCCAGAGGCUGUGGCCAUGGGUGAACUGAAGAGAGUCAGCAAAGAAAAUAUGAGCUUGUUCUUUUCUGGUUCUCCAACCGUCACAAUGACACCAACAAGACUGAAAUGGUCUUUAAGCCACUGUACACUUUUCUCAUUACAGUUCUUUUCUGGUUCUCCAACCGUCACAAUGACACCAACAAGACUGAAAUGGUCUGAGGGGAAGAAAGAGGGGAGAAAAGGAUUCCUCUGAAGGGUCGCUAGAGUUCCCCUGUUGUCCACAGUGAAGUUCUCUUCAGUGGGACAGGUGUUGCUUUUGUUCCCAGUGAAGCUUGCAGCUCGCUCCCUGCAUUUCGAAUUGUGAAAACCAAUCAAACCAUGACCGACUGAUACCUCUAACCCACUCACUGGAUGUCUUUGAAGCUGUGCCUCUGAGAGAAUGUUCUGUUCUCUGUGUUUGUUUUUAAUAUGAGGAAGCUCCUCAACACCUGCCAGCUUACACAGUGCAGUAGGUGGGCAGGCCCCAGCUAUGCUUAAUCAAUGUGCUUGGGUUGGUUCUGUUUCUUCUUCUUUUUUGGUUCUGUUUCUUAAGAAUAGGAAAUUUUAUGUUUAAUAGCUAGUAAUAUUUUUGAAAAGCACUGUCAGUCUUAGUGGGCUGUUAUAUAUUAACUGGUUUGGGACUUUUCUCUGUGUUGUGAAUAAGUGACUGUUUAUUUACUUGUUUUAAAAGCCAUCGUUUAGAUUCAUAACCUACAUGGAUUUUAAGUUAAAUGCCUUUGACUCCCUUUCAUUUUGAGCUUGAGAAAUCUCUGUAUCUUAUUAUGUUCAAAGAAUUUACAGCUUUCCUAGACAUUCUGUUAUUUCUUGUCUAAUUUAGGGGAUUUGACCUGGCAAUGAAAAGAAAUUCAGUACAGUAUAUUUUAACAGAUUUCAGCUACUGAACUGCAUCCCCAUGCCUCACUGUCUUCCCCUCAGUGAUGUGAGAAUGGUUGUGUGGUUGCUAACUUGCUUUCUGCAUUAGGAUCCUCUCACCCAAACAUCUCUGGUUCCACUGACACCUCUGUGCCAGACUCCUGGGGCUUGAGAAGAGCCACAAUCUGAUCCAUAGAGCUUGCUGCAAUCUGCAUGUGGUAGAGACUCUGAAGUCAUCCAUGAGGGACUGGUUGGCUUUGGUAGGAUCCUGGCACACAUUCCUAGGUAUCGUAAUAUGCCACUCAACUGUCUCCUGAGAGCAGCUUGGAACCAGGAGAGACAUGCAUAGCAGUCUCUGUAGGGCCCAUAUGCAAUAGAAGAGUCCCUACAGGAGCAGUUGUGGUGUUCCCCAGUCAUCUAAAACAGUUGCUCUCUGCCCCUCUCCUUGUCAGGAUGGGCACAGGAAGCAAGAGUACAGCAGAGCCACUGCCCAGUGAGCAUCGGGUGGCAGGUGAGGAUGUUGAGGUAUGGGCUGACUCUGUAGAACUGUGCAACCAUCCUUACCCCACUGUGGGGAUCCAGGUACACAGCAAAAUACGGUUUGCCAACUUAGUGAUAGACAAUUGAAAAUGCUGUGUUACUGUUGAAAUGAGAGCCACCUUCGGGGUAGCAGAGGCCGACUCCGUGUCUGUCCGUCAGCCUCUUCCAUCCUGUCCUGUUUAUGCUGUUGCUGUAGUAGCAGUGGUAAAGGCAAACGUGGUGAUUGGGAACAGCAGAGGUGUUUAAGCUCCUUUCUCAAAGGGAGUUUUAGGUCAUCCUUAAAGAUUUCAUUAGCAAGUUCGUUUGUCUAGGUUUCUGUUUGACUCUUUUUGUUGUUACUAAGAAAAGGUUUAUUUCUUUUUAAAUAAAUUUCUUGUGUUAGGUGUAUAGUGAGGUCAAACAGAAAUCCUUUUGUAUUACUGAGUCAAAGACGUUUUUUCCCAGCAUGAAGCUUCCUUUAAGUGUCUUCCACUGUGCUGUACUGUGGCACUGGGCAGAGAGCCGAGUGGUGAUUUGGUGCCUGCAGGAAUUUGGCUCUGUUAGAGAGCGAGCAGGACCAAGGAGUCGGGUGUGAGGGACUGGGGUGGUCUGGGUGAGGUGGUGAGAGAGUUUACCCCAUGCACAUGCUUUUCUAUAGCUGGUUUCUUGGGCAGUUACCAUGUGUAUUUGGGAAUGUGUAUUUUAUUUAUUUAUUGGCUAGUUAUUCUUUUGCUUUAAGGGUAUUAUAGGUCAUAUUUUUCUUCUGAAGCUGUGAUCCAGUGCAGAAUAAACUUGAGGAACAGCAUAGCCUCCUGUGUCUUGUACUAUGUGACUGUUCUAAUCCUGUGGUGUCUUCUGGGACCCUCAGACAAAAGCUCCAUCAUUGCUCCAGAAGAUUGCUGUUGCCCUUCUGAUGGAGCAUACACUUGCUGUUUUUGAGCCAGUAUUUAACCAAGGUUUUUAACAUAUGUUUUUGUUGUUGUUGUUGUUUGUUUUUUUGAGGCAGGAUUUCUCUGUAUAGCCUUGACUGUACUGGAACUCACUCCAUAGCCCAGGCUGGUCUUGAACUCAGAGUUCUCCUGCCUCUGCCGGGAUUAAAGAAAGGCAUGUGCCACUACUGCCCAGCUAACCUGUGUCUUAAAAGAUGUUUGUUGUGUUUCUUUUUUAAUGUUGGAGCAAUCUCUUUGGAAGUACUUUUCCUUUCUUUCUGGGGUUAAUUUUACCACAGGCUUUGAUGUUGUGUCAACACAGGCUAGUAUAUUUGUCAGAGGGCCGCAAGAAUGAAGAGAUAGAUCAUGUUGAAUUUGGAUCUGCACUGGGUGAAUGAGUGGAGGCUGGGCCCUUUACCUAAUCUUUCACAGAAGUGUAUUUUCUCACUGAGAUCAGUAAUCAGGUUUGAACCUCCCCUUCCCCAACUCAUACCCACUGUGAAGGAAACGAGAAUUGGGAGACAUUGGUUGUAUCUGAGCUCCAGAACAUUUUAGAGGCAUGACUGAUGAGUUCUGAGGGAAGCCACAGUUGACCCUCCACAUAGAAUGUGCUUCACUUGGAAGGUUCUCCUAGAGCAGUCAGGAUUGCUGAAGAAGCACCCAUGGCAGACUCACUGUCAAAAGCAGGCUUUACUAACUAGACCGCUGAUGCUGGGAGCAGUGUGCAGUUGAUGGAGGUGAGCUAGUAAGGAGAUGGAGGAUAAAUAGCCUGAGUGCUUGUGUCGCCAUGGAAACUGGAGUAUGUGAGGCCAUAGCCCAAGCUAAAGAGCCUUGGAGCAUGCCUCUGACAUGCGUGGACCAGUGGGCUGUAGAGAAGGCAUUCUCUCACCCAGGGCCUUUUAGCAAGGCUUGCUUGUGCUUGCCAUGUGCUCACUCGACCCCCAGAAGGUUUCUUAAGAGAAGGUUGCACCUGUUUGUUACUUUUGGUUAUUUUGCAUAUAUAUGUAAUUAUAAAGAAACAACCAUAUAUAUUGUUUUUAUAUUCAUGUAAUAUUCUGAAAUUAAAUUUCUGUUUCCAA